AUGGAACUCCCGCACGAGGAGCAGACCGCCGACCCUCAGAUGCCGGCUGGCGGUGACAUCGGCCUGGACGAUCAUGUCAACGACGUCGGCAUUCUGAACGACCGCCUCUGCCUCGGGCCGUUGGCGAUGGCCGCGGAGGAGUUUGUCGGCAUUGAUGACAACCAACCGACGUGCGCCGAGCCCGGCGAGGACCCCCUGGCGAUGGAGCCGGCAUUGGCGCAGACGGCACACAUGUGGGAGGCGCAUGCGUCGAUGCAGGCUGUGGAUCUCUGCGCGCUGUUUGACAUCCGUAACCCCAUCAUCAUUGCGAGCAUGGAGCGCGCAAGUCCUGCACUCAACCUUAACGCGACUCCACCUCCCGCGAUGACGCACGAGGACACCCCACCGGCAGAGACUCCACGUCACCGCGGACGCGUCCUGCCGGCAUGGAUGGCGGUGCCGACCCCAGACUGGGUGGCCCAGGCUGCUCGCCGGCAGGAGCUAAUUGACGCAGGUGCUCCCGCCGUGAUGAGCGGCUAUAUGGCGGCGGCAGAGUAG